ACUGUCAAAUUGUCGUUAUUUUCUCUUAUAAAUAAGGAGCUUGUGUUUGUGUAUUGUGGCUGAGUUGCUAAUAUAUUUUUUAUUUUUUAAAUAUUUUUAAAUAUAGAGGCUUAAAAAAGGAAGGAAAAAAAUGAAUAACUUAGCACCUAAAAAAGAUGGAAGUCCAAAUGUUGAAUUCUUUCAAUCAAGUGAAAUUCUACAAGGCUUUGAGUCUAUAAGAUUGUGGUUGCAAAAAAACUCGAAGAAAUAUUUGGCAAAUAGUCCAGAUCCAAUUACGAAGGAGUCAUUGGCGCAGUUAAUAAUUCAGUUUUUGAUUUAUGUUGAAGCUAAGUUGGGCAAAAAUGCACAAGAGCCGCAAACGACAAGAAUUCCGAUGCGUUGCUUUCUUGAUUUUAAGCCAGGCGGUGGAUUGUGUGUUAUACUUUCUACAAUGUUUCGUUUUCGUGCAGAACAGCGUGGCAGGAAAUUUGAUUUUACAGUAGGAAAGAAUCCAGCUCGUAAGGAUCCUAAUAUUCAGUUAUUGAUUGACAUAGAACAGGCAUUAGUGGAGGCUGAUCUCUACCGCAUACCGUACAUUUAUUUACGUCCAGAAAUUGAUAAAACAUUUGCAUCACGCUUACGAGAAAUUCUUGGUACACGUCGUGUUGAAAUAGUAAUGGACGAAGAGGACGCUACACACAUUAUAUAUCCUGUUGUUGAUCCCCAUCCCGAAGAAUACGCGAGACCCAUUUUUAAACGUGGCAAUCAUGUCAUGUUACACUGGUAUUAUUUUCCAGAAUCAUAUGAUUCUUGGACGAUAAAUACAUUUGAAUUACCUGAAAACGUACCAGAAAAUCCUGAAUCUCCACUUGAUCGCUGGCGUGUUUCAGCUUCAUGGAUAACAGACUUAGAACAAUACAAUGAAUGGAUGGCUGAAGAAGACUAUGAGGUUGACGAAACUGGAAAGAAAAAAACACAUAAACAACGUUUAUCAAUAGAUGACAUAAUGUCAUUUGGUAACGAUGAUAAAAAGAAGUCUAAUGCCAGUUCGGUACCAAAGCAAAAGCGCAGAAGAUCACCUUCACCAAGUUCGUCAAAGCCAGGAAAACGUAAGCGUUCCCCUGCAGUAAUGCCAAAAAAAUUACGUAAUGACGAAGAUGAUGAAGACUUAACUCGAGAUAUGGAAGACCCACCAUCAGAACCAAAUAUCCAAGAAGUAGUUAAAGCAACACCUUUACAAACCACUUCUAGCCCUGCGCCAGGAGGGAAAUCACGGGCCGAUAAUGAUAUGUUACCAAUUAAAGGAGGAACUGUUACCGAUUUAGAUGAUGAAAUGACCGGCGGUAGUGCUGUUCAGACACUUUCAACGGGAGAUGGAGAAAACUCACAAACUGGUAAGACAAGCGAUAACAGCAAUACACAGGAAUUUUCAUCAUCAGUUAAAGAAGAUAUGGAAGAUAAUGUAACAGAACAAACUCAUCAUAUUAUUGUACCAUCUUAUUCCGCAUGGUUUGACUAUAAUUCAAUACAUGUUAUUGAGAAACGUGCAAUGCCAGAAUUCUUUAAUAGCAAAAAUAAAUCAAAAACACCAGAGAUCUAUAUGGCAUAUAGGAAUUUUAUGAUCGAUACUUACAGGUUAAAUCCUACAGAGUAUCUGACCAGCACUGCUUGUCGUCGAAAUUUGGCAGGUGAUGUUUGUGCUAUAAUGCGAGUACAUGCAUUUCUUGAGCAAUGGGGGCUUAUUAAUUAUCAAAUCGACGCUGAACUACGUCCAACGCCUAUGGGCCCUCCUCCAACAUCACAUUUUCAUAUACUUUCCGAUACUCCAUCUGGUUUACAAUCAAUUAAUCCUCAAAAAACUCAACAACCGUCUGCUGCAAAAGUCUUGCUUGAUUUGGACAAGAAACCUAUAAUAAAAGAUGGCAAAGAAGGUUCUGUUGAAGCUGAUAAACCAACCACUGGUAUUACGAUUAAAACCGAAGCUCUGGAAAAUGGAAGUACACCACAAAGUUGUAGUCAAUUUGGAUUAAAAUUAGAUCAAUACGCUAAGAAACCUGCAGCUAUGAAAAAUCGUACCGCUGCAAGCAUGUCUCGCGAAUGGACAGAUCAGGAAACAUUACUUUUACUCGAAGGUUUGGAAAUGCACAAAGAUGAUUGGAACAAAGUUUGCGAACAUGUUGGCACACGCACUCAAGAUGAAUGUAUUCUGCAUUUCUUACGUUUACCAAUUGAAGAUCCAUAUUUAGAAGAUGACGGUGGUUUCUUAGGUCCUCUCGGUUGUCAACCCAUACCAUUCAGUAAAUCUGGUAAUCCCAUAAUGUCAACAGUUGCAUUUUUGGCUUCCGUUGUUGAUCCCAGAGUAGCUGCAGCCGCUGCUAAGGCUGCUAUGGAAGAAUUUGCUGCCAUUAAGGAUGAAGUACCCGCUACAAUUAUGGAUAACCAUAUGAAAAAUGUAGAGAAAGCUUCUGCUGGUGGUAAGUUUAAUCCUACAUUUGGUUUAGCAAAUAGUGGAAUUGCUGGCACAGGAACUGAUAAAGAAGAUGAAGAUCCGAAUACACCAGCUGUUACUACACCAUCAGAUGAAGAGAUGAAGGACUCGUCUAAGAAAGAAGAAGAAAACAAAUCAAAAUCGACAGAUGAUAAUUCAGAAAAAACAGACAAACCAGAUUCUGAAACUGAUAAGAAAACUGAUGAUAACCAAAAUGCAGAAGGGAAGGAGAUUAGGACGGAAGAAAUAUGUGAUGGCGAGAAUAGCAACGCAGUAAAUAAAGAUUGUGAGGAUAGUAAACAAGUUUUUAAUGAAAAUAAUGUGCAAACAGCAGCUGCAGCAGCACUUGCUUCUGCAGCUGUGAAAGCAAAACACUUGGCAGCUUUAGAAGAGAGAAAAAUAAAAUCACUUGUAGCUCUCCUUGUGGAAACACAAAUGAAAAAAUUGGAAAUAAAGCUGCGUCAUUUCGAAGAAUUAGAAACAACCAUGGAACGUGAACGGGAAGGUUUAGAAUACCAGCGGCAACAACUAAUAACCGAACGGCAACAGUUUCACUUAGAACAACUUAAAGCAGCUGAAUUUCGUGCUAGACAGCAAGCCCAUCAUCGUUUACAGCAGGAACAGCAAUGGCAAGGUGCUGCCGGUGGCCCUCCCGGUAAUAGCGGUAAUCAACCUAGUGGGCAAACUGGUCAAUUUUUACCGACUGGAGGACCUGCAUCAAGUAGUGCGCAUUCCAGUUCAAUCGGAUCAAACUCACAAUGUCCAUCAACACACAAUUCAAAUGUAACUGGGCCGCAACAUCCACCAGUGCCAAUGGAAACAAUGCCUACAUCCGGCAAUCAAAGUACUUCUAAUCAAACAGAAAAUUCAACUAUAUCACCAACAUCAGGACAACAGCUUCUUUCUACUAAUACAUCAGGGGCAACAGUCCCAUCUGCUCCUACUGGUCAAUCACUAAAUGCACCACUAGGCGUACCUCCAACUGGUGCUCCUACAGCUUGAGAUGUUUAUGGUUUAGAUAAAUUUAGAAAUUUAGAAAUUAAGAAUUGACAGGAAAAUUUAAUAUGUCAUUCCUUUGUUCUCCUCUUAUUAAAUUAAGAAAUAUUAGGGGCACAAAUAUAAUCUCAUUUCGUCAUUGGAAUGCUUUGAGCUCUUCGCCUCCCUCAUUUCAUCUUUAUUGAGUAGCUCGAUAUAAGACAAUAUAUACUUUAUCAGUCUAAUCUCAUUUCGUCAUUGGAAUGCUUUGAGCUCUUCGCCUCCCUCAUUUUAUCUUUAUUGAGUAGCUCGAUAUAAGACAAUAUAUACUUUAUCAGUCUUUUAUCACAGCAUUAUAAAAUUAUAUUAUACUAACUUUAAAUGCAACUUAAUAAAGUAUAAAAUUUACUUAUAUAUUAACUUA